CUUUGAAGGCAUCAACCUCUCCCAAAUACUCAGAGAAGUUAUAAAGGAAAAAUUAUGGUAGUCAAAAGAAAUCUACUAGACCUAAAUGAUCUCCCGGAUAGCUUGUUGAUCUAUAUUCUGAGCAAAGUUCCCUUGAAGCAAGUAGUGCGUUGUUCAGUCGUCUGUAAAAGAUGGAAAUCCUUAUGGACAUCCUUACCCAUUCUUAAAAUUUUAUCAUUGGAUUUCUCCUCUUCUUCAUACAGCUGCCUUGUUGAUAAUAUAUUUGAGCGUCAUUCAGGUAACCUUGAACUAUUUGAGUUUAGCAACACUCUGUCCUUUGACAUCAGUGAUAAGCUUUCUAAUUGGAUUCACAGUGCUGCUUUGAAACAUGUGAGAGAGAUUAAAAUUAAAGAGAAUACCUCUAUUGUCCCUUUUGUUGAGGUUCCCACAUCGAUUUUUUUAUGCCAUACCCUCAGAUCUUUGAUUGUCAAUAGUUUUCUUCUCACAAAUAUACCCGACUAUUUUGUUGGCUUCGCUGGCUUGGAAACACUCAAUUUUGAGAAUGUUAAGCUGACUGACAACAACAUUGCGUUCAUGGUUCAAUUAUGUCCAGUUCUGAAGAUUUUAAGGCUAUUUAAUUGUUAUGGACUCAGAAGCUUGAAGAUAUUUUCAGAGAGUCUUGUUUCUCUAAAUCUCUGCUCUCGGAUCGAAGCAAUAACAGCGAGUUGCCCACAAUUGAUGAGCCUUACAUUAAUAAAAUAUCUUUGUAAUAUGAUUGAGAUGGAUUUCUACUUACCGGCAUGUUCAAGCCUAUGUACAGACGCGGCACAAUUUAGAGUGUUUACAACUCUAAAGUCACUGAAAAAAAUCACCUUAGUGGACUUGAUUCAUAAGGACGAUGUACCUAUUCUCUGCGAAUUUCCUGAUCUAGAAAAAAUCUGCAUAGGCAACCUGCGCUAUACUGCAUUGCCGUGGUCUAAUGCCGUAUUUCCAGAAAUUUCUGCAUCAUCUUCACUGAAAAAUCUAAAGCGAGUUCAUCUGAAGAUGACCCUAUUUUAUGAUGCUGCACCUUUACUUGCCUAUCUUCUUCCACGCUCUCCUGCUCUGAAAAGUGUAUCAGUUUCCCGGAAGAAAGGAUUUGAUGGCACUAGGGCUCUGCGAUUUAUCAACAGGGUGUUGAAUCUUCAGCAUGAAUUUCCAGGAGCCAAAAUUCUCUUAUCAAGGGAUACUGUGAAGGAAGGGAGAUGCCUCAACUGUGAUCUUGAGAAUUAUAAUUGAUAUCUGACGAUCUUAUUUAAUGUUUGUAUUUACAAU